GAAAACGAUCUCGCGCGAGAGCGAAAUUUAUUAAGGAAACAAUGACAAGUGAUGAGCCAAAACUAAGCUACAAAUGAUGAAUUGCUGUCGGAAAGAUUGUUCGGAAAGACCUGUGAAGUAUAGAAAGAAGGCUUUGUAAGAAGUAUGGUCAAGCCGUUUUACAAGCCUUUGGACAGGCCUGAGAGGGAAGAAAUUUGGUACUGUUAUUACAUUCCUCGUGAAAAGCCAGACUCAAAACCAAUUCAGCGUGUUCCUAUUUCACAAGUGCCGGACCUUACUAACGAGACAGCAAGGCUGGUUAUUAAAAACGCGGAGGAAAACAAAUAUCUGAAUGUGGGAAGAGUUUCAGAAACUGAUUCGAAGUACGUGAAGUUAGCCAAAACUGGCGGGCGAAAGAACCUGUUAUGUUAUAAAGAAAACGAACGAAGAAACAGCGAACCUAGAAGAUAUAAAGUACCAGAUUGGUAUUACCAUGAUAAUAGCAAGGUCGAAGAACAAGAACUUAGUGAAGAGGAGAAGCACAAGAGGUACAGAGUUACGUAUGGAAAACGGUGUUAUAAGAUUUCUCAACUGAAAAAACCUGAUGUGUAUCAACGUCCAGAUUACAUGACGUACUUGGAACCAGAAGAGCUGAUCAUGUCGUUGGGCACAUCAAAUCGCAUUCCCGAUCGUCCAAUCUUCGGCUUCGACAAGUUUUCGUUUUGGAAACGGGACGAAGAGGAAAAAUUAGACAAGCUGCCUCCUUUGGUGGUAAAGGAAAAUGCGGGGACAAAAUCUGCACAGCUGGGCACUUCCAAAAAGGUUGUGCCAAUGAAGAAGAAGGUGAAGUUGGCCGAGUCCUCCAAGAAAUCUCAGAUGUCCAGCAAUAGAAAAUUAUUCAGCUCGAGUUAUGCUACAGAAUGGCAUGAAAAGUGGUCUGUGAAGGCCAUAAGGAAAUGAUAAGUCGACCACUAAUAAGACUGGGGCUAGAACGACCGACUCAAUCAUGUUUUUGUUAUCAUAGUGUUUAUGGCAAAGUUUUAAUGUUACACAGUCCGAGAAUUCUAGCGAAGAUGCAUUCAGAAUAUUAACCGGAAUGUUAAGUUCUGAGAACUGAGAAGUUUUGAAACUGAAUUAAAUAAGAAGCUUCGUCCCAUUA